AUGAGCUAUAGAAAUGAUUUGUCAAGGCAGAAAGAAAUGCAUAUCAGCCUUCCUUCUGUAGAAGGUUACUUUGGCAGGAACACUGAAAGAGAGACAGAAAAUAAACUAGAUCUCCCGAUUUCAAACACAAUGUUUGGAAAUCAGGGUUUUACAGUUAAGAAUCAGAAAUUAGGUAUCAAUAAGCGAAAUAUAUUAAACUCAAAGACCCCAAAUUUGAUGCAUGAUAUUGGGAAAGAAGAUUUCAAGGGCCACCAGAUGGAUAGACAGUAUUCUAAAAGUACGCUCACAUUGAAAAUGCCUUCAAAGAAAUUUAAGAAAAUCAAAGUGUAUGAACCUAAUAAAUUCACGAAGAAAACAUCCGGAGGAAGAAGUUAUUCAAAUUUAAGAAUGGAUCAGACAAAUUCGAAGAGAUCGAAGCUGAGUCAUAACCAGAGUGAAGAUGCCCAACAGUUUUCCAGGUUCAGUAAGCAGAAAAAUAAAUAUAACGAAAUGAGCAUCCCUGAAGCUGUCAGCAGAGUUUAUUUGAUUAAUGUGGAAGCAGCCCAGAAUCAGGUUAACUUGGAAUCACAGAUAAGAACCUCAAGUUCGUUGAAUCGGAAUUUUACCAAAAAAUUUAAGCAAAGGAGUAACGUACCCAGUGGCCGGUCUAUUGAUAAGUUCAACCCUGUGCUGUCCUACCAGAACAAGUCGUAUCAACUUAAGAGGAAAGUUUAUGAAUCUCCUUACCAGAAGCAACAGAAGAUUAUAGGGAGAUAUGUGCUAAAAUAAACAGUUUAGUCAAAAUUUACAGGAAAGUCAAUUAGCGAAUUCAGGAGUAACUCAAAACUUUCAGGAUAAUGCUAGAAUUCCUAACGGAAGAAAUUCUAAGAUCAAUCAGAAGGCAAUUAAGAAUAAGAAAAAGAUUAUUUUUAAGAACAGAGAUGGUGAGAAAGGUGAUCCCCGUGUAAGGUCAGAAGGAAGGAACGUGUCAAGAAUUAAUCGACCUAAGACAACACAAGAGGCUGAAAAAUCGCAUAAUCUUAAGCUAAAUGGACAAGCAAUAGAUCCUUUAAACAACCCAAAUGCCACAAAAAAUUCCAACCCAAAAUCAACUCCUAAAUCAAGAACAAAUCAAACCUCUCAGAUCUCAAAAUCCUUCCCCCACCCCACCACCACCACCAAUCACCUCCUCUCCAAACUCCAAAUCCUCAAACAAAAAGUCCUUCCCCACAGACACCCCCAGCCCCCCACUGCUCCAAACCCUCCCUCCUCCACCCCUCCUCCUCCAACCUGGCCUCUGACCGCAGCCACGCUGCUGCAGCAGCAACAGAAGUUGCUGGAAGAAGUGCGGCAGGAGUGAGUGCAGAGGAAAGUUGUUAAAAAGAAGUUGGUUAAGGAAUUGGAAGAUGAGAAGGUUAGGAUUACCUUACUUGAAGUGAGGAAGGAUGAGAGGGAGAAGAGGAUUAAGCAGAGGAUUAUCUCGAGGAAGGGGAAUAGUCAGGAGAGUAGGAAUAGUAGUUAUGAGCCGACUCUGCAGGAUCGAGAGGAUAUUAAGGAGCUGAAGAAGGAGAAAGAGGAUCUAGUGAGGUCAAAAGCGAAUUAUAUUGCAUUGCAGAAGGAAUUGGGAAAGUUAGUUGCUUCAAAUGCUAUGGAUCCGAGAGAAUCUAAAGCAGUUGGAAACCAGAGUAGUUCAAUGGUACAGCCGAAAGGAGAGCAUGAAUUCGAUGUUGAAUGGCUCAAUGAUCACUUUACAAUUGUUAAUAAAGAAGUUAUUGAUCCUGAAAGCUAUGAUGUAAACUCUGCAGAACUACCUUCGAUUCAGUAUUACCCUGGAACAAACUGGAAAUGGAACCAAUUUAAUAUGAAGAGGCUUAUGAUGAGUGAUGUUAAAGAUCAUGUUGAGAAGAUGGCCCAGGAAGUGACCACUACUCAUUCUAAGGAGCAGAAGAAAAGACAAGAAAAGCUGGUCGCUAAACUUUUUAAGAAACGAAUUGUUCAAUUUGAUAUUCUUCCGAAUAUGUCUGACAAGAAGAAGAAAUUGACUAGAAUAGCUAAUGCAAUUAUUGUAGCAGCUAGGAAGAUGAAAGAGCACAAUAUUACUCUUGAAGAGCUUAUGUCAGGAGAGAAGACUUUAUAAAUCUAUAUUCUUGGAAUUCAAA